AUGGCGAGCUGCUGGGUGGGUGCGAUUAUGGUUUUGUUAGGGUUUGCUGCAGCUGCUGUUGCGUCGGCCGGCGGGGAGCUGUGGAAGGGUGAAGAUUUGAAGAGCGUUCACGUUGCCGGGAAGGUUCUCUGCCAGGAUUGCUCUCAGGGUUGGAAUUAUUGGGCCCAUGCGGCCCAACCUGUUAAAGGUGGCAAAGUAGCGGUGACCUGCACAGACGCGCGGCGGCGAGUGGUUUACUACGGCAGCGACGAGACUGACGAUAAGGGCAACUUCGACUUACCGGUCGGACCCGCUACUGGCGAUGCAGCAAAACGUAUUCGGCCGGAGGGAUGCUCCGUCCGCCUCCUCUCAUCGCCGGACUCCGCCUGCAACGUCCUCACGGCGGACUUCGCCGGCGGUCGUUCCGGCAUGCGGCUCGUCCGGCCCUCGCACGUGUACCCGGGGAGGAUAAAGUACACGGUGGGGCCCUUUUUCUUCACAUCUCCCAUGUGCGAGGAGCCCGACACGCACGAAUGAGAUCGAGCUUUGUUUUUCGUUUUUUCACUUUUAUUUUGGGAAAUUUA